GAGCAGGAAGACAGAAAAGAAGAGCCUAGAUACUUCUAAUAUUUCCACAUUUCGGAUUUGGAUUCGUACGUUUACACUCGGAUAUUUCAAUAAACAUCUGCUGCAUAUAUAUAUAUAUAUAUAUAUACGUUUUAGAAGAUCAAAAGGUAAAAAUUCCACCAAAUACCCGAUUCAAUCUUCAGAGAGAGAGAAAGGAUGGAUUUCGAACUGAGAGCAGCGAAACAGAAAUUAGAGAGAGAACAGAAAGAUAGGAAAGAGAAAGCAAGGUUGAAACUUAUCAAAGAAAAGAAAGCUAAAGAAGAAGCUUUGAAACAACGUGAAGCGAUUGAAGCUGCUCAGAGAAUUCGUAGACUUGAUGCUGCUGAUGCCCUUCUUAAGGCUGAACAGCAAACGGAACAAAAUUCAGUUGCUGCAGAUGGAGUGAUCUUUAAUCGUGUUCUUGAAGCUGUUUCUUUCCAAGGUUAUGGAGAUAAAAUUAAAUUGCCAGCGUCCUGCUUCACUGAACUGUCAAAUCAAGGUGCCCUGGAUAAAGGACCCAUGUACUUUCAGCUUUCAAAAGUUUCUCAAGAGGGAGUUCCUAUGCAGACAGAGGAUGGCGAACAACAAAGUCAUGGAACAACCCAUUCAGGUGUUUUAGAAUUCACCGCGAGUGAUGGUUUUGUUGAGCUUCCUCCUCAUGUGUGGAACAACUUAUUUUCUUCUGACCCUCCAGAGGUUCCUUUAGUCGAGGUACGUUAUGUCAGGCUACCCAAAGGAACUUAUGCCAAACUGCAGCCGGAUGGAAUGGGUUUUUCAGAUAUACCAAAUCACAAGGCUGUACUUGAGACAACCCUGCGCCAACACGCCACUCUUUCUCAGGGUGAUCUAGUCACAGUCAACCAUGGUACACUAACAUAUAAUUUGCGGGUGCUUGAGCUGAAACCUUCCACUAGUGUAUCUGUUCUAGAAACAGAUAUUGAGGUGGAUGUAGUAGGAUCUGAAUCAAUCACGGAUGGUAUGGAUCGACAUGUCUUGAUCCCACUUGUGCUUGGAAAGGUAGAGGUUGGUACUGUUGAGGAAGGAAAAUAUGUCUAUUACAAGUUCUCUGUUGAUGGCAACAUAGGUGAUAUUAUAGCCUCUGGGGAUGCUAAUGUCGAGGUUAAGAUUGAUACAGCAAAUGACAAUGGGGAUACGGAUCUGUAUGUCUCGAGACAUCCAGUUAUUUUCCCAACUCAGCAUCAACAUGAAUGGUCUUCCCAUGAUAUAGGUUCUAAAGUUUUGAUAAUAUCCCCCAAGGAUCAGAGCCUUGGUACAGGUACCUAUAGUAUUGCAGUGUUUGGCUUCAAAGGAACUACGAAGUAUCAAAUAUCAGUUGCAAUCCAAAAUAUUAGCCACCAUAACGUGGGUGAGACAGCUGGUUCUUCCUCAUCUGUGGCGGAUGUGAACUCCAAAAAGUGUCGCAACUGUGGGCACUACAUACCAAGUAGAUCCAUUGGUCUACAUGAAGCUUAUUGCAGUAGACAUAAUUUUAUUUGUAAGCACGCUGAUUGUGGAAUUGUUCUCAGAAAGGAGGAGGCAGCAAAGCAUGUACACUGCGAGAAAUGUGGACGGGCCUCUCAAGUGGGGAAGUUGGAGAAGCACAUGAAAGUUUUCCAUGAACCACUACACUGUGGUUGUGGAGUCACUCUUGAAAAAGAGGAAAUGGUGCGACAUCAAUCAACUGCUUGCCCAUUACGGUUAGUUACGUGUCGAUUUUGUGGGGAUAUGGUUCAAGCUGGGAGUACUGCCAAUGAUGUCCGAGAUAGGAUGAGAGGACUAUCAGAGCAUGAGAGUUUGUGUGGGUCCAGAACUGCCCCAUGUGAUUCAUGCGGGCGAGCUGUCAUGUUGAAGGAGAUGGACAUCCAUAGAGUUGCUGUGCAUCAAAAGAAUUAAAACUCAGACCUCUAUUUCUUUUUGUAGGUUGGGUGUAAUUAUGACAAAUCUCAGAAGCCAUUUCACUAAAGAUUUUUCAGGUUUGACAGAUGAACAAUCCGAUAUGACAGAUGAACAAUCCGAUAUCUAUUUCGCGACUGCACUUCAGCCCCCGAAAGGACUGUCCCUGGAUGAUUUAUCUUAUGUUGUGAAGUAUAGUUGUUCAAGUUAUGUAUUCCCUCAUGUAUUUCCGAAAUAUGAUUUAUAUUAAUGAAUGUGGUAUUGGGUUUUUUGCAUUCAUUACAAAGUAAGCUCUUGUUUGGCAAAUCA